AUGAAACGACGAGCUCAACGGACAAAUGCACCGUCUCCAAAAUAUCUUACGGAACUAAGUUCACUAGUGGGUGCUCUUCAAUACUAUUCACGUUUUAUUCCUAAUUUUUCUUGUCGUGCAAAUCGUUUAUUUAAUAUUUUGACAUCCAAUUCAUUCAAAUGGAGUGAGGAACAAGAGUCAUGCUUACGUAAUCUACUAAAGUUUCUUCAAAGUGACGCUGUUCUUCGAACGUACUCCCCUAGUUACAUUCUGUGCUUAUUACUGAUGCAUCACCUGUGGGAAUUGGUGCAGUUUUGGAACAGGAAGGUAGACCAGUUAUUUGUGUUUCAUGCAAACUCACUGUUACUGAACAAGGUUAUUCACAGACUCAGAGAGAAGCAUUAG